AACGGAAAAAAGUUAAUCACGGAAAUGCAAAAACAUGCACAUUUCAAUCAAUUGAUUGUAAAAGACACGGAAAUGACCGAAAGUGCUUGGUCAGUGAUAAGAAAAGUGAUUGAAAAUACCAACUGUGAUGCUAUAUAUUCUUCAGAGCCUAUACAAUGCCCACUUGUCUAUUUGGAGAUGUUAAAAGCACAGGACUUCGACAAGAGGAUUUAAGUCUCCUAAAUUCUAUUAUUAAUUUACUGACAGAAUUUUUAAACAUUUUCUUAGUUAUCAAGUGAUUGCUUUCAGUAAAUGAGAAAACAAAAACAAUCUAAAGCUUCAACACAAACAGAUAUGAUAACGCAACUUAUAGUUAUACCAGCCAGUGCAACAAAGUGACGUUAUUUCGAAAAAAAAAUCAUGUCGAGCACCAGCGAGCCGAAAACUGAACCCAUCAGUGAAGGCGAAAGCUCUCCAGAACCCUCCACCGCAGUCCCAGAAACGACGAUAACCUCCGAACCGGAAACUUCCCAAACAGAACCGGAACCGCAACCGGAAAUAUGGCCGGAACCCGGCCCGGACUGGCCGGAAGCGUUCUCCGCAUGGGGAGUGGCAUGGCCGCUGCACGUGUACAUCAUCGCGACCAUCUUCACGUGCAUCGCCAUCCUGGCCGUCUUCCUCAUCCUCGCCAACGUCUGCAACAAGACCGGCCAGAAGAAGAGCACGACGACCAUCUCCCUCAACUCGAUGGUCGCCUUCUUCACGGGAACGCGCGCCUGCGUCCUGUUCAUGGACCCGUACUCGCAGGCCCGGGACCCCGUCCCGUUCAUCGUCAGUCACAUAGUGUGGUCUGUAGGACUCCCGGGACUCACUGCGUCCUUCAGUAUCGUGUUCCUCAUCCUGCUGGACACGACCAAGAUGGAGAUGGCGCCGCCCAAGUUCCAGAGACUCGGCACGAUCGCCUGGAUCACCGGGGUCCACCUGGGGAUCGUGCUGGCGGUCGAUCUGCUGGUCAUGUACGUCGGCUUCACGGUGAAACCCUUGCUGCUUCUCUGCCAGGCGCUGUUCAUCGCGUAUGGGCUGACGCUGUCCAUAGGAUUUCUCUACACUGCGGUGAAGAUCCGCGGUAACCUGACGUCGAGCGGACAAAUUAAAGAUGAACAAACCGAACGCUUGUGGAAGCUGACCAGGACGAUAGGCACGGCCUCGGUGAUCGCCAUGGCGAUGUGUGUGACGUACGUCUACUCUGCCGUAAGUGAGUUCGGCGUGUUGAGCGACAUCAGCGUCGUCGACCCCUGGAGCUGGUGGUCGCUGCAGACGUUGUUGCGCUUGGAGGAGAUCGCCUGCUCUUUGGUCGUCGUCACGAUCUUCGUCAAGUCGUCGCCCACGUCGACCGUCGCCGGGUACCUCUCCCAGCUGUGUCCGCGCCUCACCGGUAAGGUCAAGGACAAGGCGUUUCUGGCGGAUAAGUCCGAGUUUUCGACCAAGCCGACGAAGGAAGACCUAAAAUCGGUGUGGGUGUCAUCAGUGACGCCAGUGACUGUCCAGAAAUAGUGUGAAACAUUCAGGCGCGGAUACAGAAUUUUUCCAGGUUGGACUAACUACUUAAUUGAAAGUUGUAUAUUGAUGGUGAAAUCACUUUAAAAUAAGUGAAAACUUUCUUUUACAAUUUUUUUCUGUUGUGAGCAGGUGGGGGGGGGGGGGGGGGGGGGGGGGGGGGGGUGGUGGAUUCCGGAAAUAUGGAAACGAAGGAACAAUUAGCACUGGUGUAGCCAGAGGGGCCAUAUCCCCCAAUGAACCACCUGUUUUUCCUACCACAUUCUAUAUUUGUCUGUUGCCCUUUACAACGACUCAUAAACAGUUUGGGUGCCCCUCGCCCCCCCCCCCCCCCCCCCCCCCCCCCCAAUGUGGGUGGUCCCUCGAUAUAAACUCCCGACUACGCCAAUGACAAUUGGGAUUAGUUGUUUGGAAAGUGUUCUUCGCACCCUUUGAUACAGUAGUGAGUUAAAUAUUAAUUCUAUUGUUACGGACCUGGUUCAUUAUAGUACUAUGGAUGUGAAUUAAGGGACCCCCCCCCCCCCCCCCCUUUCAACCAUGUCUGCCCGGUGAGACCUCCCUUGAUCAACCAGUGUAAACAGUAGCCCUGUGCAAGAGAUGGACCAAACAAAAUAAACAGUUUGAAAACAUGUACUUUGACUUUGUAAUAAAACAAAGGCAAACUAAGCGCACAAGCUGUGUCCCCCGCCCAUUCCACCCUCUAACGUACGUCACUGCCUAUAGGUCGUCCCUAGCCUGAACUUGAAUCUGUAUUAAAUAAAUGUAGAUCUGCA